AUGUCUGAAGUAGGGCGUGCUGUAACUUCGGCCCGAACUCCUACAAAACGGCAGCGACAUGUACAACCACUAAAUGCCGUUGCCAGCAACACUAGCACCGAUGAUUCUAAUACGGGAUGCCAACCCUCUUCAGAGACCGCCGUGAGAACACUGACAUCCGCAUCUGUAAGACCAAACACCGCAACUGCAACUGCCAUGGGAAGUGGAAAGAUCACGACUGCUGAGGACCGGGCGGCGAUGGAGUUUGGCGAUGGGUAUCGUCGUAUUCUAGAAGCCAUUGGUGAACCCGGAUAUAACUCCAUGAAGGCACUUUUCUACGGUGAGGAUGGUCCACCAGCGGGGACGAUUCCCUCUAUUACAGUCUCAUUUGAGCUUUUUGAAGCCGUGCAGAAUCGAUUCGCUACGACUAAGACUACACUAGAGCGCACCAGAGCUGAUCUACACAAACAACAUCAAUUGUAUGCUGUUCUGCAGGGACAAUAUGAACAAUUACAGGAAACAUAUAAUAUUCUUGAACACCGUGCGGGUGAUUUGGAGCGGAAUAACACACAAUUACAUCAGGAUAUUGCGAAACAAGGUGUUACGGCGGAACAAUUACGACAACAAAUUGCACGCAUGAAAACAGAGAUGGAGAUGAUGGAAAAGAAAAUGAUGAAACGAGAUGAAGAACUGCAGGUCUCUCAACAACGUGUUGCAGAAGGAUUAUUAUUACUAUCCCAAAAAGAAACUACUAUUGCAAAUCUACGUCGUCAACUUGGCCGCAGUGGACGUGGACGAACACAGGAUGGUAUCAUGGGACGAAUGGGUGUAGAUGGUGAAGAGUACAGUGCUGAGGCUCUACAACGCAUUGCAGAUGAUGUAGAGGAUCGUUCUGUGGAAGCCCAAUUGCGAUUAUAUGUAGUGGAAUUGGAGACAAAAGUGCGGAGUGUGGAAGAAGAACGACGAUAUGUAAUGUUGCGCCAUACAUUAUACCGCAAACACGUACAAGAUGUAACGCAGGCGUAUGAGGCAUUAUGUAUGGCGGAGGAGGAUGCCGUGCACUCGCAUGUUUGUAAAGCACCAACACCACCAGAAACACCGCAAUUGCCUAUAAAUGAAAAGAAUGGAUUCGCCACUUCAACCACAACAGUAACAGGAGCAACAGGAAGAGAGGGGUCUGUAGGAAGAGAAAGUGAUAAACGUAAGUAUUCAGAAAAGACUCCUUCCACACGGGGAUCCGUACAGACUCCUUCUUUACCUACUGGGCGUGAGAGUCAGCAGGAACAGCGAUCGUCUCUCUCCGCAACACGUCGUACCAGUGAUGUCUCACUUGGUUCAUUGGGUCAGUCAUCACAGGAGUUACCAAAUACACGACUACGGGCGAGUUUAACACCAUCUCCAAAACCAAUCUCAUCCGCAUUCUCAACACCUCAUGCAUCUCCACAGCAGACAUCUCAACAGAGGCGUCCCAGUGUUGUUAGUGUUAGUAGUGCAAGUAUUGGGGGCAGUAAAAACGAUGUUGGAAGAAGACUUACCGCAGGUUCAUUAUCAGCAUCAUCCUCACCAGGACGUAAGGAGGAAUCUCAAAAGAAAAGUGAAGCACAAUCAUCACGAAACGCUGGUAACUCAAAGGAGUCAGGUGUAGGAAGCAGCAAACGAACAAGUGCGAAUACUUGUCCAAGAGGGUCCACUGUAUCUACACAGUCACCAGCAUACUCGCAUAAGUCAUCACGCGACUUGGGAAGUAAAAACGCCUCCUUGCAGGACUCACUACAGAGACCACAUUCACCCCACACUCCACUUGGUGCUGGUGGUGCUGGUGGUAGACGUUCGAGAGUUGAUCGAUCACAUAGUCGUUCACGCUAUAAUAGCACUAGCAGCAGUGCGAGUGAAAUCAGAGUGGGCGUAUAUGAUCGAGCGGUACAGACAGACUCAUAUUCAAAACGACAAUCUCGUGAUGGAAGUGCACGCCCAUCUACUGGCUCUGCAGGCUACGGUCGAACUUCACCUACACACUUUACUGUACCAACGACAUCCUCCACCUCUGGUACCCGUAGUGUGGGAGUUGUAGAGCGAGCUUCACAGUCUCUAAGCGCAGGUAUAGUAGAUGGUGGUACGUCCAGUACUACACGUGUAGAACGGAUUGCUUCUACAGGUGGAAUUCUUAAUGCAGCCUUACCAUUAUUUGCACAGGUGGGUUUAGAUGCAGAUGAGGAUAAGAGACAUGGUUCGUUCUUCAGUAUAUCAGGUGGUGAGAAGGGCUCAUCUCGUCGUGCUACUACUGCUUCUCCUUCUGGUGCUGCCGCUGCUGCUGCUGCUGCUGCCAGUAAACAUAGAUAUAGUAGUAAUAAUACUCCUGAUAGCACGAGUGAAAUGGAUAAGAAAGAGAAGCAAGAAAUUAAACAACGUUUACACACCCUAACUGGAAACUAUGCCACUUUACACGGAUUACUAAUUGAUCUGAAUGAUCUUCUUUACACUGUGAAGGGAGAAAGUGAACGGGAAAACGCUAUACAACCAACACCAUUUAAAGUGGAUGAGAAGAAUAAAGAAGAUGCAGCCGCACAAGCAGAAUAUGUAAACAAUACUGUAGCUGCAGAUACACGCAUUAUAGAACGUUUAUUGCAGCUUCUCCAACGAGGUUCAUCACGUGCCAGCAGCACGGCGAGAUCAAAUAAAGGAGGAAUGCCACCAUCUGUAACAACUACAGCGAAGAAAGGAAGAGCACUCUCCAGUGAAUCUCAAGGAUACGAACAACUAUCUAAAGGUAUGAUGCAACACGCUGGGGAUACAAACAAUCAAAAUUCUGAUAACCAAGUGCGUUCUUCAGGAUUGUCAUCACUUGCUUCUCCAAGUGGUAGUGGUAAUAUUUCAAGAAAACUGGGACCUAUGUUUUCGGAUUCUGGGUCAAAUGUUUUUAAAGGUGAUGGAGGUAUGAUUGUCAACACAAGUGAAGGAAGUAGACCAAGUAGUGGGAUUGGUGUUAAUAAGAAAAAUACUAGUAAUUCAUCUAGGGAAUCAACUCGUAGUCCUCGCCGUGAAGGUAUGGAAGGUAAUGUAAAUGCGAACAAGGAGAAACUUAAACAAAGUGUGGGAUCAGAGGAUGAGAAGAAGGAACAGGCGGCUGCAGGAGUUGCAAAGAAUGAUCCUACUGCGACUGGUAUAACUACUGGAGCUAAAGCUGAUGAGGAGAAACAAGGAGAAGGUAAGAAGACCUUAUCACGUACUACCGGUAAUAAUCGCAGUGAAAGUACCAAAAGACGUUCACCACAAGCCCCCGCACUAAAAGAAGAUCAACAACAACAGCAACGAGGGUUUACACGAUACGGUAAAGGUACUAUCUCAUAUGGAGAGAAUGCCGGAGGUGGUGAGCGUGGGAAACAGAAAAAGGAAACACGUGCCAGCUCCCGUACACGACCUGGACAACAACCGUUUACUACUACUACUACUACUACUACUACUACUACCACUACUACUUCUGGUCUUCCUAAACUUGCAGGGAAAGGAGGUGAGAAUGUGGUACAGGAUGAUAAAAUACUCAAAUCAGAUGCAGACGCAGCGGAGCCUAUUUUACCAACACUCCCAGGCACUACACCACGCUCCGGUAGGAAUUCAUUACAUUGGACACGACGUAUUCAGCAGCGAACACCAUGGAGUCCGGCUGUUAUUCAGAUUGGUUUUGAUGAUUUGGAUGUGGAUCGUGGAAGUACUCCGAAGCCUUCGCGUUCGUUUUAUACACAACAUCACGGGCCGCAGACGACACUUGUUCCCUGGGCAUCUUUCUUUAACAGAGCAGUGGCUAGUUCUGGCAUUCCAACAAGAAUGUCAACAGUUCAAGUUGGAUUUACUGGCAAUCCACCUGUAGCUUCUGGAGGAGGAGGAGGAGGAAGUGGUCGAACUUCUCCGUCAGGGUUUACGGUUGGUUCGCCUGCUUUUGGGAGUUCACCCACAAAUCAAUAUCCUCAAUCACCUGGUUUACAAUUACAAUACAACUUCUCACGAUUCACUACUCCAAGUCAAACAACAGUUCCAAAUACGUGGGGAAAUCGAGCUGAUGAACUUAUGCUGGGUGGUACAACAGUGUUCAUGCCUGGAGCUUCACCAGUUGGUGGUGGGCAAUUACAUCCUUCUGGCAGUCCAGGGCAGCAUAUAUACAGUGGAGAACCAGGAUCAUAUUAUCCAAAUAUUUCUUACAUGGAUCAGAAUUCCGAUAUGGGAGGUGUAUCGACUUCCCCAUCAGCAUUUGCUAUUUCCGGUCGUAGUAUUGGAGAAACACAAUCCACUACACAUAGUACCAAAACGCAAUCCUUAUUAUCUGGUGAACAUAAAGAUGGGAGUCAACCCCCAACUCUUCCAGUUCCACGUCAAUAUGUUAUUACGGAUAUCUUACGUCAUAGUCCUGUGCUUUCUAGGGGAGGGAGACGCAGGAGUAGUGAGAGCAGCGAUAAUAACUUAAAACUCUCUCGCACAGCCAGAAGCUUCUGGCGCAAUAUGUUACUUCUAAGGGCUUCUUCUAUACGUCAACGACAACGUGUUCAACAAGGAUUUCAACCGUAUAUUUUCUAUCAUCGUCCUCGUUGGCUUCCACUCUUUGAGUUCCACCCGAAAGUACGGGAACCAGUAACAGAUCUUCGCAUUGGUCGACCGCGUGUGAGUGUAAACACACGCAGACGUUCUCGUCUGGAGACGUACGCCAAACGACCCCCAAGACGUUUUUCUCUUGAGAGGCGUUUAUCACUGUUGAGAUCGCAGUACGGUGGAUCAUCAGCGCGUCAACGACAAAGAGAAAACCAACAACGACAACAACAACCACCGCAAUAUCAAAUUUUUCCUUUCAUGAUUCAGUAUUGGGGUGGGGAACAUCCGCAGAGAACCCGUAAAUAG